AUGGAGAUCACCGUUCCACCUUUUAUCAGAAUGUCAACCCCGCCGAGCAUCGACCGACUGCGGCAAUUGAGCAGCUCGAUCGACAAUAUUUGCAAAAUAGAGGGCGUUCCAGGCGUUUCUAUUGGAGUCAUUGAGCAUGGAGAAACUUUGUGGACCGAAAACUUUGGAUUUCGCGACAAAUCCAAAACAGCACCUCCAGACGCACACACCCAGUACGGAGUCGGACAUAUCACCAUGUCAAUGGUAGCUGCUGGUGUUGGGAAACUUGUGGACGAGGGAAAGCUUCAGUGGACAACCCUCCUGAGAGAAACGAUACCCGAUAUUGACCAUGCUGGCGCCGACUGGACCCACAGAUCAACAAUAGCCGAUAUUCUGGCACAUCGCUGUGGCUUGGAUGGAGAGAUAGCAACUUUGCUAGCUGACGGUGGAAAUGGCAACAUACAGCCGUCUCUUGAAGAGUUCUUGAUAACUAUCAACCGUAUCCCUAGCCCGCUUCCCCACCGUGAGAGCUGGCUGAUCUGUCCGUGGGGAUACACAAUCGCUGCGCAUAUAAUUGAGCAUAUAUCUGGACAGCCACUUCACGAGUAUCUUCAAGAUCAGGUAUUCCGGCCACUUGGGAUGACUUCUACCACUUUGCGGCCAUCAUUUGAAGAGGGCAACAAUGUCGCUGAACCGCAUGCUUCUCUUAGCAACGGGGAGAUUUAUCCAUUGAAAUUUCAACCCAAUUUUGCGGAUACAUUAUUCGAAGCUUCUCGUGGAGCUCAUUCAACAGUAAGUGAUCUUCUCAUAUGGGCCAAGGAAACAAUGGCUGCGAGCCAGAGCGCCGAGGCAUCUCCCAACACAGUAUUGAAACAAAUACCGCACAUCCUUAGCAACCAUAUCGCAAUGCAAAAUCCGUCUUUGUUGGAGAAAUCGUACGGAUUUGGCUGGGCGAGAGCCCAGGUUCCUGGGGUUAUGGCCCUUCUCGGUGGAAACUCAGAUAUUUCGGAAAUGUCUAAGCAGCCUAUUUCCAGGGCUGGAAACCAGUCUAGGCUCAUGAUUUAUCACCAAGGCGGAGGACCGGGAUACUCUUCCUUCCUUGCGUUGUUUCCCGAGACACAGUCGGCCGUUGUAGUUCUCAUGAACACCACUGCGGCGACCGAUGUUGCUGACUGGAUCGCACGAAUCCUGGUCGAGGGCCUCUUCGACUUCGCCGAGCCCACCGAUUACGUCAGACUCGCAGAAGAAGGUAGAAGACGAGCAGUCGAUCGGUUUGCUACACUGCAUAACAGAUUGAGCGAAGAGAAAACCCAAGGAGCACCACCACUACCCCUUGAAUGCUACGUGGGCAAGUACAACAGUCAAAACCAUAAGUACAUGCUGGAAGUCACUCUGAGUCCAGAGUCAGAGAGUGACCUUAUGGUUUCCUUCCAAGGUCUCGACUCACAGCGCUACCCUCUCCGUCACUACCACGACCACGUCUUUGAGUGGAGCAUGAGCUUUGACGAUAUGAAGAAGAGCGGAAGAUAUAAUAUCACAGAUCCCUCAUACUAUAAGAUUCGGUUCGAAAUCUAUCCCGACAACCGAGCCUCUCGGAUAAUUUGGAAUAUUCACGAUGCCUCAGUUCCAGAUGGACUGAUAUUUGAGUGGAAAGAUGAGCGUCUUGCGGAAGCAUGGCGCGCAGUACGUGCCGGUAUGCAUCGCUUCGUUUCAAACUACAUGUAG